CUCUUUCGCGUGAAGUAGGAUCCUUGAGCUGUUGCAGAGGCAGCCAACUGCUCCAUAUUUGGCUUCUAUUACACAUUUACAUACUGGAGAGCGGAGCGGCAGCGAGCGCUGUACCGCAGACAUCAUUUCUACUACAGCGCCGGAGCAGCCCGGAGCGUGUCCCCGCGGGGGAAGGAGCCCGCACGCACACACACACACACACACACACACACACCCGAAGACCCCCGCCCCGGGAGGACGGCGGUGCGCGAGUCUCAGUCCGACCCCCCCGCCAGCCCCACCUCCACUGACACUUUACAUCACGCCGCAGGCCGAGCCAGACGGGCGAGCAAUACAAGCUGUGAAUUUAUCGUUGACCCCUGCAGGACAGUGACCACCUUCGCUGUCGUCUUCGCCAUACAGAGAUGCGCUGUCAGUGAGAUCCUGGAGCCCAGGAAAGAGUUUUAAUGCAAAGCAUCAGAAAAAAAAAAACCGCUGCAGCAUCUCAUGUGAGAGAGGGGAGAGAAGAAAGGAGACUCGCGCAGUAACAUCUCAAAACACUCAAACGGUUUGAGCUCUAUCUCACCUUAUUUGAAAGAGGAAAGCCAUUGAGGACCUGUGAGCAACCCAACAGCUUCUGAAAAAUCUUCAUGCUAAAGGAUAAUCCAGAGUUCCCUGGAGAAGAACAUAGUGAAUGUUAGCACAGGCCUACGAGCAGCCCAGUAUUGAAAUCAGCUGGCCUUGGGGACAUCUUGUGAGUCACCUUCACUGUGUUUCCUGCCAAAACCACGUAGAGGACAUGCAUUCCCCUUUAUCCACAGAUGUAAUGCUGCCCUGAUGUGUCUCAGCUGCACCUUAGAAAGUCGCAGCCUUUCGGAGAAGGGACGGGGAAGGUGCAGUCAGAACAGAGUGGUUCAGAUUGUUCAUACAAACUGCAUAAGGAAAGCCUCCAAUUAUUUAUGUAGAGACCUGCAUCGCGCCCCAGUGACCCAACAAAUCAGUAGAGUACUACUGUAAGUUGCCGAGUGUUUUCAUAGACUCCUCAAGGUGUGCUUUUUGUUUUCUUCUGCUGCUUGGUUUGCUGUUCUUACCUAGACGUCCAGCUAAAGCAGUCAUGACCAUCUUUUCCUUGCCCCACAUCUGGUGGUGAUGCGGUGACUUCUCAUUUGCUUCAGCGGGGGUGACAUAAAGCAGUAGAGUAGCUUGAGGCCUGAAUGUGGGGUUACGAUUGUCAUAGUCUGGAGUUCUAAGCAUAGAAUUUGAACCACAACAAUUGUUCACGAGAGUUUUGCCUUUAUCCUCCUUAAAAUAAGGAAAGUAACCGAAGCCUACGUAUGCUUGGUUCCUUGUGAAUCAUGGGGAUUACAUGCCUGAAAGUGUGUUUGGCAAAGUCCUUGUGCCUCUCUCCUGCUUUUCUACUUCUCUUAGAUACUCAGUGAACGUGAAAAACCUUCCUAUUUAUGGAAAUGGAGAAAAAAAAUGUGUUCCUUUUCCUGCUCACCACAGUUAUUAAAGAUUUUUAUGGAAGGGUCACAACUGAAGUAGGAUUCAUUUCUCCCAGUCUACCAUGAUUAUUUGGGAUUAAAGCAACUUGUGUUAGUGUUGUGGGGAAUUUCUGAGAAGUCCCUGGUCCCCAGUGAAAUUUGUUUUUACUUUACUUCCUGCUUUACAGAAAGCUUAUUCCUGACACGAGCCCUGCCAUGCUUGUCAGUUCAGCAAACGUUUCCUUGGCGUUGCACUUGCUGUUUUUGAACCACGAAACGCUUUUAGGUAAAGUUAUCAUAAUAUAAACUGAAAAUUGACAGGCUGAAUAGUUGUGGUUAGUAUGUGCUAUAGUGGUGAUGACAUGGGAAAAUAUGUUGUUUUUCUCCAGAUGACUGUUUGAGGUUAGUUCUAGACCAUUUUGUUCAUGAUGUGCCAGCUAAAAUUAUGAUCAUAGCUUUGAAGUAAGCAGGUUAGUUUGAAUUAUUAUUUUUUUUAAGCUUGAUAAAGGCCUGUUGUCAAAGAAUGGAUGUUGUUGUUGGUUUUGGAAUUAAAAAGGAUAGAGCCAACCAUCAAAAGGUCUGAAAUGCUUAGAGCAGUAAGUUUCCCUUUCUUGAGAAGUUCAUCUCCCUGACAAGUGUAUCCGAAGUUACCUCACUGGUGAGACUAGCAUGGGCAAAGCGUGACCUGCAGGGUAAAAACUGGUAGUUCAGGUGCUUCUUCUUCACCAGAAGAUGGUGGAGUGAAAGAGGGAUGGGUAACAGCAAGCAACGCCAGGGUUUUCUGCUGGUUGCAGAGGCAGCAUGUCCUAGUCCUGUUCCUUAUGUUCCUGUCCUGAGUUCAGGAUGGGAGAGGCACCCAGUCUUGCAAGGAUGGCAGCGCAGUAAAGCCUUGAGUGGCAUUUUAGGGAGGAGGUGGUGUUUGAUGUCUUCCUAUCUAAUGAUAAAAACAAAAGUGACUCAAAUGUCACUUUCUUCCAAAACAGGAGCCUUUUUGGUGUGGGCUGCCAGUGUGUGUUAGGAGCGAUAUGCAAAAUACACAGAAUUUGUGUGGCUAAAAGAUGGUUUCUUUUUCUUUCAUCUGCCUCUGUUUCAUUUUGUGCUGCAAGGAUGCAGUUACAUGUAGAAGCCUUGACAUAUUUUGUGGGACCUUGAAGCAGCUCCACUGAACUGCAGCUCACAUUGAAGCAGACGAAUGUGGAAGGGUAGCAGAAGACAUUAUCCCACCUUACAUUUUCAAACAAAACCCUGCGGUUCUGGAGAAGUUCUUCCCCCACCUGCUAUGCCAGUGUGUGAGUUUGGGGGUUAGAUCUGUUCCAAGGUCUUUUUGGUGUUUGAGCACAGAGAGGUGUCAGCUGUGGAGGACCAGCCUUAAGUGUGAGUUUGCCUGCGUUCACCCUUCCUGAACUGCUCUACUGAAAGGAGAUUGUCAGCACAGCCCACUGAAGUGAGUAUUUAAUCAGUGUUUCCAUUUUUUCUUUUUAUGGGCUAAUCUCAGCUCUUUUUGUGGUGAAGAGAAGAACAGGGAAUGGAGUGUAUUGCUAACACCUCAUUUGCUCUGAGCUGAGGAGUCUCUGAAGGUUCCCGGAGGUUAGACCGUGCUUGCAUAUAGGUGCUGCCCUUUAGCCUCAGCAAACACAGAGAACGUAUGGAUGGAUGGCUCUUUUCUAAACCAUCAGUGAAGAACCUGAGGAAGAGAUGGUCUUCUAAUUCUAAUGUUCUUCUAAUUCUCGUGCCCUUCUAGUAAUGCCUGGAGGCGUAAUUCCCUUUCUCAGCAUUUUCUUCUGCUCUCUUUUGCAUGUUUCGUGUAAGUACAGCCAGUUCUCAGGAGAGUUUAAGGUGCAAUUUCCCCUACUUUUGAUUUGAUAUUGUGAAAUAUUUGAUUCUCAGUUAAAAUAGUGACAGUAUAUUGAUUAAUAUGAUAAUAUUGAUAAUAUUAUCUGACCAGUUCAAUUCUUGAACUAGAUUAGAUCUGAAAAACCAUGCUUGAAUAUAAGUAAAAAGAUCAACUUAUGCAAGGAUGGUGGGUGGUCCAAAUGGUAACCUAUAAAUGUUGGAGUUCGGAUGUCCAGAAAUGAGGGCAAGUGGAACUGUUAGCUGCUUUUCUCAGACAUAAAUCCUUCAAAGUUCGCCGCAAGGAAAAAUUGAAUUGCUACACAGAAUGCAUAUAGAGUAAAACAUUCUUACAAUUGCCCAGUGUGGUUAUUGACAUAAAUCUAGUGUCCCUGGGGCCAGGAUGUCUCCCUGCACAUUUUUGCAUUCACUGGAUGGAUGAUGGUCACUGUUCUAAGAUAGAAGCAAGAAAAGGCAGCAUUAGGUAGGAGGUUUUUUUAUAUCUAAAUAUUUAAUGAAAAAAAACAAAAGUGACAGAAAAUGGCACUUUAUUCUAAAAUAGGGGCCUUUUGGGUGUGGUCUGCCAGCGUGUAUCAGGAUGUGGUGGCUUAAUGCCCUUGCUUCAUUUCCAUAAAGACUAAUAGACCUUUAAUUUCCAUGGCCUUGCUCCCAGUCUGUGGGAAGUUCUUGUCUAAAAGUUUGCAGGGCUUGUGCCUGGAUAUCAAACUGGGUGGAUAUUUGUGUACGUGUGGUGGCAUCCUGAUCCCAGCUGAGGCCUCUGGGCACAGUACUGUCAUAAGUUUUAAAUAAUAAUAAUAAUGCUGUAAAAAGUUAAAUAAAUACAUCGAGUUAAUUUUAUGCUCUCUUCCCCUCAGGCAGAUGAGCAUAAAUUGAAUUUUCUAAUAAUUAGCCCAAGCAAUUAUCAUUGAGUAGAUAUACCUGAUUGCAUUAAGAGGUGUGAUAACAUGUGGAGGUAAUCUUGCAAAGAGCACAGCUAUUUCCAGACUGACCUGGCAGGACCAGGUCUGCUUGUCCAUAAGUUGUACAGAUGCUAAAGGAAGGUGUAUGCUGUUUAUUGUGUUGGCUAUAGGCUAUAUGUAUAUGGCCAUCCAGUUUGGAGUUUGGUCACUUCCAUUUAGAGUCUUAGAAAAUGCACUGAACUGCCUCCACUUGGCUUAUUAAGCUGUCACAAUAAAGGAUGCUGCGCUGCCAGGCUGCCCUCCCAAAUGCCUUGUAGAGGCUAUUAACAACCACCUGUCAAGCUCCUUUGCAGUGUCUGAGCAGCCUGACCCAAAGCAUCUGCUGCCAUGCAGGGAAAGCAGGGCCUGCACGCAGCUGGGCACUCCUAGAAAUGCCACCAAAGGUGGGGGAGUGGGAGCACAGGGCUUCCAGGGGCUUGCCUUUGCAUCUGCUGAGGUUUGGUAGUGAGCAAUGAGGGAAACAAAAGGAAAAAAGGCGUUGUGUAAGGCAGACGGUCUCUCUGUGCUCUCUCACCCCGUUUUGACAGAAGUUGCAGAAGCAUUUCUUUCUUAUUUUCCAAGUUAAGAUAUAAAACCAUAAACAGAUCUUUUCCUCCAUUGCUGACUUGAAUGAAGGCUGACCUUGUUGCACGUGUGGAAAUUGCUUGGCUAUGUCAAAUCUAACGUUUAUUGUAUCGUAGCUGCAUGAAGUCCAAACUCCCUCUCUGCUUUCCUUGCAGAGAAAGCUGCUUGUUCGUGCCCAUUUCCAGAAACUGAAUUGACAAAAGAGAGAGGGGGGAAAAUCAGCCCAGUAGCAUCUCAAAAAUGUUUGUGGAGGGUUUUUUGUUUCAUGUUCAGGGAUUAUUUUCUUUCUUUCUUUCUUUCUUCCUUCCUUUUUUUUUUUUUUUUUCUGAAAUUGUGAGCUCGGAAUCCAAGGAGGCUCAGCAAUCAGCGUGUUUGAAUGCCGGCCAAGACACUGAACUGGCAGCCAUCCAUUCUGAUAGCAGUGUGAGUGAAAUGUGUACUCAGUAACUGGAUUCAGGCCCUUCAUAGUUUGCAAGCAAAUAUUUCUGCUUUUGCAGAUCAGAUACAAAAUAGGAAAAGCUGUGCGGCUCUUGAGCAUGUGAGAGGGAGGGUUCUGCACCUUUACAAAGGGUUAUUGGCACUUCUGUGUCUCAAAGUCCCGUGCCUUGGGUUGUCAUCUCAAAGGCAAUGUUGUAAUUCCAAAAUGCAUUUAAUUACGUCUCUUAAUGUUUUAACUGCUGAAUAUGCCUUGCAUGAAAGCUGUAAAUACCUCACGCUGGCAGUAAGCUGUAGGAAAGUGAAGUAAAUUGGCGUUUUGUAAAAAGGUUGUACAAAACGAAUGGAAAGCUAUGCAAAUAAGCUAUGAUACAGGCAAAUUUGCAUUUCCUCGUGGGUUUAGUGAUGAUAUGCACAGCGUGACUUUGGCAGACUUGCUUCCUGGGAUGAAGCACGUACUCAUGGCAUGACCCUGUAGGGUCAAUUUGACAAGUGCAACGUUGUGAUUUUCCAUGCAGUUUCUCAGAACCACUGAACAACAUGCAGCAAUAAGUAGCAGCAAAGGAAAUUGAUUUUUUAGAGUAAAUACGUGUAGUAGGAGGAAAAAGUGUUAUACGAAUCUUUCACCUUGCCAAAAUAAGGUUAACAGUUUUGCUUGGUGGUGCUGCUCAACUUUCCAAAGUGACCGCCUUCUACAGUCUUGCAUUGACUUUUGCUCUUUGGUAUAGAAAACAUCAGGAUGAGGAGGAGAUAACGUAGAGUUUUUGUGCUCAGGGUGCUCAGAUCACGAGAGCAAUAGGGUGAUGUUACAGUCAGCUGACAGUGCAGUUUCAGUCUCUGAAUUAAUUGAACCAGUGGCAGCUCUUAAAACUUGUUCUUUUGCCCAACUGAGAAGAAAGGUAGGGACGUAUCACAGAAUCAUAGAAUGGCCUGGGUUGAAAAGGACCACAAUGGUCAUUGAGUUUCAACCCCCCUGCUAUGUGCAGGAUUGCCAACCACCAAACAAGACUGCCCAGAGCCACAUCCAGCCUGGUGUCUGGUGAUAAUAAUGCUAUUAUAGGAAGGAUGACAUGGAAACUCACUCUCAGAGCCCCUUACGAUCUGUCUUACUUUGGAGAGACAUUUUUUAAAUGUGGGUAAAAAGUACUUCUGAAAUGGCUUCACCUGCUUUUUUUCUCUUAUAAAUUUUAUUUCUUUUCAGGAAUUUGUUCAGGGUAUUAAAUUGAAAAAAUCAAAGAAAAAUAAAUGAAUUUGAAGUUAUUGGUAUUGGCCUUCACACGCCGCAUGUUUCCACAAACCAGUUAUUUCAUAUUUGUUUUUUCUUUUCUACUGCGAAAGUGAUCCAAAUACAGAUUUCUCUAUGCGCUUUUUUUUUUUUUGUCACAAGGGUGAUUAUGGUCCAGCAUCUCUUCCCAAGCCAUCUCACAGCAAGCCUGUUGGUGCAGUGUGACCGCUCCUCCUCCAGGGUGCUGUGCACUUGAAUGGAGUUCUGGGUGUUCUCAUGGAUCCUGAAUCCCUUCAAGUGGACAAAACGUUGGGCAUUAAUCUGCAGUAGGCUGUGGAGUCUUACAAGGAACGCCUCCGGAAAGCAUCUCUCCUCCAGGCAGUAUUUAAGUAUUAUUUCUCCUAAGGCAAUAGUUUGGUAGCUGCAGGACCAAGCAACUGGUACAGUGCUGUCCCACAUUUAAGCACAAGCUUAAGUGCUCUCUUCCUGUGACCUCAGCGCACCCAGCACUCUGUUCCUUUGCCUUACAGAAGCAGAAGGGAGUUUGGCUGCUUUCAAGUGAAGUCUGCCAAAAAAAAAAAAAAAAAAAUCCCAGCAAGCAUCUUCUUUUUUAUUUUUUUUUCUCUCCCUUGGCUUCUCUAUAAAUAGUUGAACAUUUUUUUUCAGAGCGAAUGCAGUGAAUGUUCUGUGGUGGUGAGUGAACGCUGCGAUGCUCUGGUAUGCGCUCCUGAAUAUCGUCGUAAGAUGCUUGAGUAGAAUUUAAUUCAGGUUUUUAAAUGAGAGGAAAAAAGACUGCUAUUAAAUCUUGUCUCAAUUUUGUCCUUGACUACACGAGAAGCCCUUUCGUUUGGGAACAGUUUGGCUUCUCGUUUAGCUGUAUCAUUGGAUGCACGUUGAGGGUUUUCCCUUAUUAUCCUUACCACGCAGACAAUCACGUCACUCUUGAAAUGAAUGCUCCUUUUGCUGUCCAUAUGCAAGACAUUAAGCGAACAUCUGUGUAAGUCCCAACAUACAGCAAUGCAAAUUAUUGGUGACAGGAUGAAGAGCCUGCCUUUCCACUGCCUGUCUGCAAAGGGUCUGUGCAUGGAGAUCAGCUUUGUGCUGGUACCACUCGAUGCCUGUUGGCUUUGUGCACCACCGCCUUGCUACCAACAACAACUACUAGGGUUUUGUCUUCGUUUUUUCUUUCUUCUUCUUUUUCUUCUUUUUUAACGAGCCAAAUGCAUAGUUUUAUCAAGAAAAUGGUAUCAGAAUUGUGUGGGAUUUUGUGAGUCAUUACCAGAAAUACUGCAGUGGGUGGAUUAACCCCUUCAAAGCGGCUGCUCUGAGUGUUUCCAGGCUAGGAAGGUGCAGUGAAAAUAGGGUUGUGCUUGCAGUUGUAUUCUGCACCCUUCAGCUUACCCUGGGUAAGGGAGAUAAUUCUUGUCCUGUUGGCAGCACCUUGGUACUUCCUGCUGGCAGCAAAAUGAAAUUGAUGGAUUUUUGUCAUGCUCUGGAUGAGAAACACUGGGUGUUUCUCAAGGCUGUGCCCGUGUGACAGGAUACUGUAGUGUGAAACACGGGCGCUUCUGUCUGUGGCUUGAGAAGUGGUGGCUGUAGCACUUGCAUAAGUGCCCCGAGUAGCACUGUGGUGGUAUCUGUGUGCUGUGCCUCUCAGCAGCAGGACUUCCUCAGGGUACUCUGAUCCCGGUGUCACAGAGCUUUUCUUAAAUGCAUUCACCUCUCUAAAACAUUCAUUGUAUUAUAAUACAGUGUAUUAUAUACACAGUGCAUUUACUCAUCCCAGCAUGGUGUAGGAGCCACUGCCAUGUUCUCUCUCUGAUGUGGGGCUGCGGAGGUAGGCAUGCGUAUGUCAUCUCACCUGCUUUGUCCAAGUGUUCGGCAGUUCAGGGUUUCUCACCGGAACAUUUGUUUUGGAUAGAUACUUUCCAUUUAGGUCUUAAAGGAACAGGAAAAGCUUGUUCUCCAAAACAGUGGUCAGGCACUGGAACGGGCUGCCUGGGGAGGUGGUGGAGUCACCAUCCCUGGAGGUGUUCAAGAACUGUUUAGGUGUUGUACUGGGGGACAAGUUUUAGUGGGAAAUAUUGGCGAUAGGUGGACAGUUGAACUGGAUGAUCUUGGAGGUCUAUUUCCAACCUUGGUGAUUCUGUGAUUCUAUGAUAUUAUCCUGUGCACUGAAGAAAGUGUUUUGAUGAAGUUAGAAUGGAGUUGGAGAGGAGGUGUCCAGCUAAUGCUUGCCGUGAAGGAUGGCGUAGUAGUCUGACACACAGCUGAAACCUGUUCUACUGAGUGAUGGCUCACUUUGCCUAAUGCCCUCCCAAGCCUAAUAUGUGACAAAUAAACAUGUGACAGCAGAAGUUUUGAAAUGACAGAGAAGGGAAACAGCUGGCCUGGUAAGGCAAAGCUAGUCUUCUUGGUGAUGCUGUAGUCAGGGUGGGUCCAAGGGUGGCCAUGGUCAUUGUCCUAAUCCAGUCCUGCCAGGAGCCAGACCUUCACAAGGGGACAGCAGGUCUGGCUUGUUUUUUGUCCUCUUUAUAUAAGGCUAGUGUAGAACUGCUUCUGGAUUUCCCUGGGCAUAUUUUUUUCUCUCCUUUUCUUGCCAGAUUGGAAUCUGAGGCUUUGAACAAACAAAAUAACAGUGGUGACAGUGUUGGGUUUUUUUGUGCCUGUGGCAGCUCAGUUGGAGCCAUAGUGCAGCAUGUGAAACUCCGUGGGUUCAGGUGUGGAAAUACCAACCUUUCCACUGCACAGGUACAAACUAACCGGGUGUUGUGUAUAUACUGUAAACCUAGUUUGUGAGGUUUUUUAUAAAUCUGAAGCAUCACUGUCAUCUUGCGCAUUGACAACAUUUGCACAUAGGAGCAUGCACUUACCUGGUAGGUCUCAGUAAGAAAUAGGGCAGGCCCAGAGCAGUAACUUUCCAUUGACUGAGUCGUCCUUGGUCUGUGGUUCAGGACAGCAUUUUAUGCACGUGCAGACAUGCAUUCUCAUGUUGUUGCCUUUUGAGUUGGAGCCCUGUUGCAGGGCAGAAUAUUGCUGCUGCGUUUGUGUCUUAUUCUUUUGGGGUAGUCGGUUGCAUCGUGCACAGAAGCACAAAUGCACGCUCUGAAGAUAUGCAGAGGCAGGUGGUAGCCUGUGCUUUUCUUCUGUUUGCAGUUUUUAAAUUAAAAAAAAAAAAAAAAACCAACAACUUUUCAAGCUCUACACUGUCAAGAAUGUGGGUGUCUGUCUGAAUGAAAGAAAGAUAAAAUAAACUUACAUAAUAAAUACACUAGUAAAUUUCCAGUUUCCCUAAAGCCUUUGCAUGGUGCAGCUGCUUUGGGGGGCUAGUUUGGUUGCUUACCCAAGGAAGAGGAGCAACUUUGGAAGAAAGUUCCCAUGAAUACUACAAUUUUGUUAAUUAUUAACAACCUACAAUUCCAGUUGCAACAUGAAACGCUGCUUUCCAGCAAAUUCAUAUCUGCUUGCUUCUACAUCACGGCGUAUGUCAAGUAUGGGACGUGAAUCCAAAGACUUUGGCUUUAUCUGUAUGUGAAAUAUAUAUAUAUACACACACAACAGUACUGGUUUUCCUUUUUCAGCGUUUUAAAAGUUGACUGCCUAGAGGUAGGCACCUGGAUGUGUCUUUAGGGACUGAAGUCAGUGGGAUGGUUUUCAAAGUUCCUGUGUACCUGCAGCUCUCCGAGAAUUAAUUAAAAGCAGAUGUUCUUCUUGGCAAGUUUGACAGAAACAAAUAGGGACAUGCCGGGUGCCCAGCACCUUUGAAACAGUAGCUGCUCGUUCAGAUGCCUAAACAUGGAGUUUGGUGUUUAAAUGUAGGCACCUAAGUUGGAAACGCUUUGGCCCCAUAAUCAUAACAGUCAGCGUCCCCUCUGUCCUGAAGUGCUGCAGCACAGAUUCCUGUGAGAAGCCGGAGGUUCGCGUGUGGGAGUGAGCGGGGACGGGGAUGUGGAAGCGAGUUCGGCUGCCUGCCUUAUAGCGCAUGCAAAUCAGGGUCAGAUGGCUUGACAGUUGGUUAUGAAACCGAACAGAAAUUAUGCAAAAUGGGAUUGAUUUUUGCACAUAUUUUUAGUUUUUGUCUUUCAGCAGCUCGAAUCUUUAAUUAAAAUCCCAAGGAGGAAAAAAAAAAAAGAAAACCCAACACCAAAGUACAAGCAGCAACUGUUAGUUUCACAUAGAUACUGGAUGUAAAGUAAUGGCCUGCUACGCUCUUUUUAGGGAUCAUUUUUAUCCCAUCGCAACUGAGAAUAUAAAGCCAUCUUACAACUUGCCAGAAGUGACACCUGCUUUCAUACAUCCUAAUAAUUACUUCAGCUUUGACAGAAAGUACUUGGCAGGGUGCAUACAAAUUAUGACUCGCUUCGGGGUACAAAUAAUGUGAUAAUGACUUUAAGAGUUUCUCUUUAUGCUCGGGAUAUUUGCAUGUACACGCUUUGUUCAUAUGAAACGAGCAAGAGAUGAAGAGUUUUGGCUCACUUCUUCUAACUUUUGAAUAAAAAUGCCUGUUGGAUACUGUAAGCUUACAAGUAGAUGAGGAAAGUGAAAUAAACAGUAAGAUUUUCAGUGGCUGCCUCAUUUUUUUUUUUCCAAUUCUGUUGCUGGGAACGUGCCCUGGACAUUUGUGAGGAAUAAAUGAUUUCUGAUGCUAGACGUUGGGAGUCAUCUUGCUAGAGCAGAGGACUUGCCUGCAGUUAAGGGCCAUCAACCUGCGAAGGCUUUUCUCCCUCUGCCCUGCCCUGCGGUGAAUGAGUUUUCAGUUGAAAGGGCAUUUGGGCAUGGCACGUGCUCUUUUCCCCCAUUCUUUUUGCUGUUCUUGUUGCAUUAAAUGAAACUUGAAGUCACGUGAAUUUCUCUGUCUGCAAAAUCAAGGUCUUUGUCGUAUACUUGACCCUGAACUAUAGCUGGGAAGUUAAUCUUGCACGAUACUUGGUGGUUGCUGGAUAUCUUUCAGCCCUUAAAGCAUUCAGGAUUAAACGUUUAGAGUGUACACUGUGUAGAAGCUCAUGUGGGGAAAAGGGGGCUGCUGCACAGAGACCAAUGGUACGCUUGCUCAAGAUCAUCUGGUGGUGCAGAGAUAUAAUUCCACAUUGAGGUGGCCCAAGCUCUACCCUGGGGUAAGGCAGCGUCUUUCUCUGCCAUAUUUUGUUAUCCAUCAGCAACCUGAGCUUCUAAAAUGCUAAAGAAAGGUAGUGUUGAGUAAGCUUUCCUUAUGUGUAUCUUUCCUUAUUCAUAUCUGUUACCCGUUCCCCAUCUGGUUUUCAUAGCAAAAAGGAGCCCAGGGAGAGUGUGAGGGACAAGUGUGAGAUGUCCUUAAGCAGCUAGCUGAACCAAGGCGAGUUGAGCAGUUUCUGAAAACCAGAACAUGAAGUUUCCACACAGGCUUCCUUAGAGACCUGGAAAAGGAAGGCAUCAAUAAAUACACUGCCUUUGCGAGACAGAAUGAGCAGUAGUGGAAAGCAGUUGGGAGCCAGUUAGUUAUUUAUCUGAAAGAAGUACAGUAUGUUACUUUUCCACCUCUGCUAGGGGACUUAGGAAGACAAAUGCCUUUUACUUCCUGCCUGAGAGGAGUUAAGCUCUUUCUAUAAAAAGAAUGAAUUUGGAAAACGUCUGGCAUGUUUCUGUGUGCGUGCAUAAUGGUCUGUGUCUUUUAUCAGACAGAGCUUUAGGAGAUACAAAGUUCAUGUGUGCAUGAGUCUGUCAUUACCAGAAAGACUUUGGCAAAUUGCAGAGAAUUCAGACAGCUGCAACGAAAGUGAUUAAUACGCUAGAGAGGAGAGAUUAAGAAUUACAUACGAAUGGUUUGUCUGAAUGAGAGAGAAGAGGGGAAAAGAAGAGGGUGAUGCUAAAACUGCCAAUCCUGUACUGAAAUAUCCAAGUCUGGAGAGGAGCUGGUUUGGGUGGUCCAAGCAGUGUGACUAGGCAUUUCUGAGCCCAGAAAAUCCAGGCUGAAAUCCAGAAGCACUUCCAGCUAGCGAGAUCUGCUAGAUUGUGGGAUAAUCCCCGGCAGGACGAGGUGGAAGCCACGUCACUUGAAUCACUUAAACGAGCCCCAACAGAGGCCGAGUUGCCUCAGGAUGCAGCCCCAGAGGGGACCCGAGCAUCCCCUUCCAGGUGAUUUUACUCUCUGCGGUGCUGUCUGUGGAGGUACAAACACUGACAGUGGCUAGAAAUGGCGCGGGGAUUUCUGACAGUGCUGCAUUUUAGCAUAUAUUUGAAUAGGGGUUUCCUCACAGAAGCACGAAAAUCCCUUGCUGUUAAUGUUUCUGCCCUGCAGCUGCCUCUGCUUGCUGCACUUACUAAAACACUGCGAAAGAAAGCACAAGUUGCCUUACUGUAAAACUACCUGGUGAUAAACUUUUUAUGCUCGACUUGGAACAGGCUGAUAGGGCCGUUCUCAAAGUCAAAGGAAAAGCUAUUGGCAGGCAGCGAACAGCUGCUGCCAGUGAGAAAGGCUGAGCAAAUGGGUCUGGUUUACUCAUUCACUGCUCUGCUGUAUCUCAGCAAUCCCCACGGUCUUGAAUUGUGCUUUUCAUGUAGGUGCUUGGUCUCUUACGCCUCUGUUUUUCUGUAUGGACAUAAGGCCAAUUUGCGAGUGCGUGACUAGAAAGCUGCAACAUGUAUGAUGAAAACUAAGGGUUUUUAUUUUUUAAUAACCCAGUAGGGAUGGUUAUGUUUGCGACACCAUAUCCACCAUAAUUCUUCCUUCCUGCUAGGCUCUCUGCAGUGCUGGGGCUGUGAGGCUUCGGAUGGCUGAUGUGCGCUCUGUUUGCCGCUCUGUGGGUAAACGAAGGAGAUAAAGCUAUCGCCUCCUUCCUUUCAGGUCCACGCUAGGUAAUUUCACAGGGAAAAUGGUCUGCUUCUGGCACACUCGGAAUUUCCAGGGUUUGCAUCCUCUGAUGCUUUGCACUGAGUAUAGAGGAGACCGGGUGACCCCAUACGGGCUUCCCAGUGCCAAGCUCCAUUACAGUGUGCAAGCCACACUGGCAGCGUCCUGAGCGCUGCUCUCUCUUAGAGCCCCCUGCACAGCUUACCUGUCAUGGCUGGUUUUAUGGGGUUUUCAGGAUCUCUGAAAAGCAAGGUUAAGCAUUUCCUGCUGCCACCUAAGUAGCAGGAUGGGGACAGAGGUCUGGAAAGAAAUAUAUGUCGAGGUGUUGUCAAAACACUUAUUUCCUUAGCAGGAAGUAUCGAUCCUGCAAGCCAUAUUCUAUUACAACGGCUUUAUUUCUCCUUUAUAAAUGACUAAUGCAGACUAUAGCUAAUCAACUGGUGUGAUGGAUAUUGGUGAACUAAAGCAGCCAUUGGUCACCAUGCACAUCUUAGCUUCUGCCAGCUGUUUGACUGCUUUUAACAAUCCUAAAACGGGGUUUGGCCUGGAAAUCAAGGUUUUAAAGGCUGGUUUUAUCACUUAGUGUUACACUGGGUUUUGGUUGUCUGAUUUACUGAUUUUUUUUAUCAUCUUGUACUGGCACUUAAUAAUGCUUGUAAAUAAUGAAAUACACUUCUGCUUUUUAAUGUGCUCCUGUUCUCAUUGUCUGUAAGCCUGUUCUGAAGGAGCAGCUAGGGUCAACUCUCAGGUAGCAUUGUGUCUUUGUGAGUGUAUGCUAAUGCAAGACAAAAGUCAUUCAAAAAUGGUUUUGAAUCUGUUGAAUUAAAGCACAUGUUCCAGAUUUGGGAGAAAAGUGGUGGCUUUUUUCAGCUGUGUAUGUGAAGUUUGGUUUUUUACUUCACAAAACAGUAAAGAUUAAACUGAAUUUCAGGAAGAGAUACAAACUGGAGCCGUGUUCCUGUUAAGUUUUGUAGACUCCAGUAAAAAAUACAAUAAUUAUGAUAUUACUUGGAGCUUUUCUGUAAGUAGUCCUUUUAGGCUCAAAUUCUGGGACAGAUUUUAAAUUGAAUGUCUGUUGUUAGUUAGAUCUCAAAAGAAUAAUCUGUGAAGUAACUCUCUUCACCAUCCUUCGGUGAACAAAUUUAACGUAAGAAGGCCAUGGAGCUGUUGGAAUGACUCCAGAGUAGGCCACAAGGAUUCUCAGAGGGCUGAAGCAUCUCUCCUCUGAAGAGAGGCUGAGAGAGUUGGGCUUGUUCAGUCUGGAGAAGAGAAGGCCCCAUGGAGACGCCAUUGUGACCUCCCAGUACUUGAAGGGGGCCUGCAGGAGAGCUGGAGAGGGAUUCCAUCAGAGGAAGGGGUGAUAGGACAAGAGAGUUAAGAGGCAAAGGAAGUGAGCAAUCGACAGCUCAGAGCUUGGUCUGACAUUUGUGGAUGGUGUAUUAGCGAGCCUGGGUUGUAGCUGUAAAGGUAAAUGGGACACCGAUAUGGAUGAGGUGGCACUAAGCACACAGCCGAGCAGCCUUACAUGGCAGUAGCUCCCUUUAGGACUCAUCAGCUGUGCCAAGUGUGAGACUAGCAUCUUGGAUGAGGUAUAAACGGUUCAGUGCUAACUGCAUUUCAGGAGUGAAGCACAGUCACCAACGGGCAAUAGGACAAGCAGGCAGAAAUGUUAGAAGCCGAGGGACGGCUACGAGGAGUGGGGUUGUUCAGCGGAGGGAAAACCCCAUGCGUUGGUCUUGUGAUGAACAAAAAUACAUGUUUCGAUGUGUGAUAAGCAAUCUUUUCCUUUUACAUGCACACCCAUUAACACGUCUGCAAUUGCCAACAGACUCACUUCAAAGAAGAUGGUGUUACUCGUACUUUCCCCUUACAUUUAAAUACUCAGAUCUGUGAGAAGAGCUGAGGUGCUGUCCUGGCACAGCCACGUGCUUAAGGCUGCUUUGUCCAUUCUUCCCAUGCUUUCACCUUUACUAGGAUUUCCACACAGACCACGGGACAGGCUUCUUGUCCUGUGCACAUGCCUGGCAGAAGAGUUUGCACAUGUGAGCCUAUGUUUCUGUGGCAAGGCAAGGGUGUACCUGUGUGGGAAGAAUCGUCAAAUUUGAAAACUUCUUCUUUCUUUCAUUUUUCAGGGAGUUUCAGAAUUAAUCUUUAAAGCUUCAGUGCACAUUGGAAAGACACUAAAAGAGUAAAAAACUUCCAGGUUUCACAGGUAGCGUUUUUCUCUUUGUUACCUUCAUCCAAGAGGAAAAAAUACUGCAUCUUAUUUUUCUAGAGGAAAAAAAUAUGAACUGAUCCCUGUCUUUACAGCGAGCGCAGCCUUCCAGAAGAGAAGCAAAUGCUUCUCAACGUGGUGUAUGUGGUUUGUUUUGUCAUUUUGAGAAGCUGCCAUUUGAAAAGCUGGAAGUGAGGUGAUCAGUGUAGGCCCAGUCUCACAGCUCUGGCAUCCACAGAGCUCCACUCUCCUUUCAGGACAGGUAAAGGAGAGGGGUGAGAAGCGUGCUCACCUUCAGUGUACCAUGGAAGGCUGAACUGGGCUGGAUAACAUCUUUCUGCCUCUCCACCCAUGACAGCAUACCAGAAAGCAGUCAGAAAAAAAUCUGGCCCCAUCUUUUCGCACAUGGGAGUCUUCUGAUCUCUGCCUAGCUCAGCAUGGGCAGUGCCAGCCAACACAAGCUAGCCGUGGGGUUGGGAAAAGCAGCUUGGAAAUGAGAGGAGGGAGUGUGUCCUGCCCCUGAAUGGACUUUAAAAUAUUUUGUUCUUUGGCUCAAACGUGAGCUGACUAAUCCUCAUGGUUUGGCCACCUGUCCUGCAGCAAGCGUCUGUCUGUUGAGGUGGAACUCUGCUCUCUCUUUGCAUUUAACAGCACGCAGUGUUGCUGCCCGGUGCGGUUUUACCGCCUGGAGCAGUUUGUGCAACCCGGGCCGAUGUGCCCAGGCUGGCCCCAGAACUGCGGGCUCUGGUUCAUCGCUCGGCUUUUUGCGGUGCACUGGGGAAUGGGGGGAGCACAGAGGUACAAACCCACUGCUGGCUCAAAGCAAAACCCAUUAUUUGAUUGUGUUUCCUGACAAGCUCUACCUUGGGCAGUUUCAUGAGUAGUAGCUGCAUGCUGAGGAGAUAGUGUACCCUUCAGGCGUGUUGGACCGAGUUGCACUCUUCCCCUUUGUGCAGCGUUGCCCGUUUGUUAGAUGCAGAUUAGAAACAAAAGCUUUCACAAUUAGUAUUUUAAUGGGAGAGCAGAGGAGCGACGUUCUGACCCGCUUACAAACGUGCCCGAGAUUGCCUGGAGCCCAGCCUACUAUGGGGCAGCGAAAUCCUGCUUCCUGGGGAUUAGGCCAGAAAACCAAGCCUCGUUAUCAGCUCUCCUGGUUUCACAAGCCCCAGUGAGCAUGUCUGAGUGUUUCCAGGCAUUGGAGCAGCGCGUUCCCUCCCUUGUCCUGCUGAAGAAAUUCCAGGCAGCGUGGAGAUGUCCUCAGAGCCCGAUGCAGCUCAGCCAUAUCUCUCCUAAGUGCGGCCUUUCCGAGGCCUUCCGCUGGAGAAAUGGAGGAAGGAGCUUCUUUCCAAGAAAAAAAUGUAGGCUGGGUAAUCUGACAUCAUUCGGAGUCACAUCACCCUACACCCACCAGCAUGCAAAGAUAGAAUGGGAAUGGCAUAACGUGUUCUCACGGUAACACUAAUAGUCCCGCUCUUGCAGCGCAUUGUGCGGUGUCCCCACCCGCCAUCGCCACAAUUAACAUUUCUGGCAGUGACUUUGAAAAGUGUUGCCAUAACAAGGUUGCUGAUCGGCGGCGACAAAAAUCUUAACGAGGUACCUAAUGGAGCUUUUUCUUUCCAUUAUUCCUCCUUAAUACGUUCCGAAAAAGUCAGGAGGUUUUAACCUUGCCUUCAGCAGCGAUACCCGGACACGCUUAAUAGAAUGCUGCUUCAUUUGUGCCCGUGCUAGCCUGCGCUGAACGGGCUCUGAGACCCUCCUAAUAUAGUCAGUCAAAUUGGUGCCCAAAGCCAAAGCAAACGUAUAGCCAAACACAUGUUUUCGGUCUCGAGCUGAAAAAAUGCACUUCAUGCUGAAUAGCCUCCUCCAAGUGCCGCAGCUAAUAAGCCAUGUUGUGUUUUUACUGGAAAAGUAUGCUUCUAGCCAAGCAUUCUUUGCAUUUUUCCCAGGAUUUAGUCAUAAAAUCACUUUAGACAUAUUGCGAGUAUGAAAUGUGCGCACAUCAGAUAAAAGGGCAGCGAUUUUUGUUUUGCUGCGCGGCUCCAUGGAAACAUUUUUUAUCACCGUCCGAUGCAUUAUCCCGAGCAGUCUGGCCCCUUUCUUCACCGUUAGCAUCCCGUCGAAUGAGCAAACGCCGACCUGCAGAGCCUGCGCUCACGACCCGAGAAUCCAGAGGAGCCGUUGGAGAAUCGUGCUCACGGGGAGAUGAUUCCUCAUGAAGUCACUGGAUCCCUUGCAGAAAUCAAAUGUGACUUUCCAUUUAUCAGACUGAAAUCAGAGCCAGCCAGACAGUGAAGCAAGCACAGUGGAGGGGGGACGGCGAAAGAUGAAAUCCAACCAAGAGCGGAGCAAUGAAUGCCUGCCGCCUAAGAAGCGAGAGAUCCCCGCCACCAGCCUGCCUUCAGAGGUGAAGCCGGUCCUGCCGAAUGACAACCACCGCACAGACAACCUAGCAUGGCUCCCCGGCAGCCAGAGCAGCCUAGGGGGCAGGCACAGGCCCGGGGGAACGUCGGCGGAGGUGGGCUUGCAGCAGGGCCUGCACAAGCCGCCGCCGGCGGGGCUGGACUAUUCCCCACCGAGCGCGCCCAGGUCGGUGCCGGCCCCCACCACGCUCCCCACCGUGUACUCGCCCGCACUCUCCCAGUCCGGGACCCCCGUCUCCCCUGUGCAGUACACACACCUGCAGCACACGUUCCAGUUCGUCGGGCCCCAGUACAGCGGACCAUAUGCCGGGUUCAUCCCCUCGCAGCUGAUCUCUCCGACCGCCAAUUCGGCAACCGGCGCCGUGGCGGCGGCCACAGCUGUCGCGACCACUCCAUCCCAGCGCUCCCAGCUGGAGGCUUAUUCCACGUUGCUGGCCAGCAUGAGCGGCUUAAGCCAGCAGGGGCACAAAGUCGAGCCGCACCUGGUUAGGACGCCCGGGCUGAUAGCUGCGGGGUCUCCUCCACCCGCCCAGCAGAACCAGUACGUCCACAUCUCCAGCUCUCCCCAGAGCGCAGUCAGAAACGUCUCUCCUCCAACCAUCCCGGUCCCCCUGCACCCCCACCAGACGGUGAUCCCCCACACACUCACCCUUGGCCCUUCCUCCCAGGUGGUGGUGCAGUACAGCGACGCCUCGCACUUUGUCACAAGGGAUGCCCCCAAGAAGCCUGAGAGUGGCCGGCUGCAGGCCAUGCAGGCCAAGGAGGUGCUGAACGGCGAGAUAGAGAAGAGCCGGAGGUACGGCAUCUCGCCCUCUGCCGACAUGGGUCUGGUCAAAGCAGGCAAUAAACCAGCUCCCCACCAUUACGAGACCAGGCACGUGGUGGUGCACUCGGGCCCUACCGACUAUGGCGCCCGGGAGUCCUCAGGGGUCCGAGCCUCCGUCAUGGUGGUCCCCAACAGCAGCACGCCAACUGCGGACUUGGAGGUGCAGCAGGCCACCAACCGAGAGAACUCUCCCUCAACCCUCAAUGACAAGGGAAGCUUGCACCUAGGGAAGCCAACCCACCGCUCCUAUGCUUUGUCCCCGCAGCAGGCUCUGGGCCACGAGGGAGUGAAGGCCGUGGCCACGCUGUCCCCCCACACCGUCAUCCAGACGACCCACAGCGCCUCCGAGCACCUCCCAGUGGGGCUGCCGGCCACGGCCUUCUACGCCGGGACCCAGCCGCCGGUGAUAGGCUACCUGAGCAGCCAGCAGCAAGCGCUGGGGUACCCCGGGGGGCUGCCCCAGCACCUGGUGAUCCCCGGCACGCAGCCCCUGCUCAUACCGGUCGGCAGCGCCGACGUCGAGCCGUCGGGUGUCACGCCGGCCAUUGUCACCUCGUCUCCCCAGUUCGCAGCAGUGCCUCACACGUUUGUCACCACCGCUGUCCCCAAGAGCGAGGCUUUCAGCGCCGAGCCCCACACCACCCAGCCCGCCUACCAGGCCACCAUGGUGCAGGCGCAGAUCCACCUCCCCGUGGUGCAGUCCAUCGCAUCCCCUGCCACGGCCCCCCCCACGCUGCCCCCUUACUUCAUGAAGGGGUCAAUCAUCCAGCUGGCCAACGGGGAGCUGAAGAAAGUAGAGGACUUAAAAACAGAAGACUUCAUACAGAGCGCAGAAAUUAGCAAUGACCUGAAAAUAGACUCCAGCACUGUGGAGAGGAUCGAAGAGAGCCAUAACCCAGGCAUUGCUGUGAUACAGUUUGCAGUUGGAGAGCAUCGAGCACAGGUCAGCGUGGAGGUCUUGGUAGAAUACCCUUUUUUUGUAUUUGGACAAGGCUGGUCAUCCUGCUGCCCCGAGAGAACCAGCCAGCUCUUUGAUUUGCCAUGCUCCAAACUCUCAGUGGGGGACGUCUGCAUAUCGCUUACGCUCAAGAACCUGAAGAAUGGCUCUAUUAAAAAGGGCCAGCCCGUGGACUCAGCUAGCAUCUUGCUGAAGCAUUCAAAGAAUGACAGUCUAGCUGGAAGUAGACACAGGUAUGCGGAGCAGGAAAACGGGAUUAAUCAGGGAAGUGCACAGAUGUUAGCUGAGAAUGGUGAACUGAAGUUUCCGGACAAAAUAGGAUUGCCUGCAGCACCUUUGCUCACCAAAACAGAACCCAGCAAGCCCCCGGCAACGAGGAAGAGGAGGUGGUCAGCCCCCGAAUCGCGGAAACUAGAGAAAUCAGAAGAGGAGCCACCUUUGACUCUUCCCAAGCCUUCUUUUAUUCCUCAGGAGGUUAAGAUUUGCAUUGAAGGUCGAUCCAAUGUAGGAAAGUAAAUGUUGUUUGGGGAAAGGAAAUUAGGCUAUCCCUUGUCAUUUUUAUCCAGAUUACUGUACUGUAGACUAAAUAACCCAGUAUUUACAUGUUAUCAUCUUAUUUUAGGUUUAUGUUAUAACCUUGUUGUUAUAGUUGCAGCUGGUAUUAUGCAGGAGACUGGUGCAUAUGUUUUUCCACAAGUGUUUGUCAGUGACUAGGUUUCCUGAGAGCUACAGAAGGGGCAGUAUCUGCUUCACACACCCUUAGUGGAAAUGAAUGUGUUGUCAUGGCUCCUGUUUUCUAACACCUCGUGUAGGACAGGGUCCAGCUGUGAUUUUGGGUUUUUUUGUUUUUUUGUUUUUUUGGUUUUUUUUAGGGUUUUUUUUUUCCUUGUUUUGGUUCCUGUUCAAGUUUUUGGGGGGAGGUGAGGAGAAGGGAGCUGUAGCAGAGGUGUGCGUCACACGUGGUGUGCGUGUCAUGCAUGGUGUGCAUGUGUCACGUGUGGUGUGCGUGUACCCAGCCUGAGGCAGCCCUGCAGCCGUGGGGGCUCAUGAGGAGGUUUCCUCACCCCAGGUGAGUGUGGAGGACGCAGCCCCACAGGUGUUACCAAAAAGGAUCAGAUGCUCUCUGACCUUGUCAACAAUAAGCCAACUCUUACUCAAUAUUCACAGUAUAUAUAUGUACACAUAUAUGUGCAUGUAUAUAUAUAUAUGUAUAUAUAUAUAUGUAUAUAUAUAUAUAUAUAUUUGUGUGUGUGUGUGUGUGUAUCUGUACAUAUAUAUUUCCCCCAUGGGGUCCGACUGCACUGAUUUUUAUUCGUGAAGCAACUGCCACACCAACAUUUCCUUCUGCUUGCUCGUGCAGUUCGUUGCCAGAGGCCACGCACACACACACAUACACACACGGGGCAGCUGUUCUACACCAUUCACCCUGUUGGGCUGCCUGGUGGCGUGGAUGUGCACGAGUGUGCGCGGGUGUGUGUGGGUGUGCAGGGAGCCUCAGGCCGGGUGACGUGCCCGGCUCAGGCUCGUUCCUGUUUCUGUGCAGUGUUAGACGCAUCGGUCAGGUUAUGCCAUGGACAUUUGCUUCCACGAGGGAGAUGCAUACUGCCCCUUUGAGAUCACAGGCACACGUCGUUUGCGGUUAGGUUGCAGAUCUCGGUCUUUAACUCUAUAGUACUGUUUUUGGUUCAUGAUUAUGGACAACUGGUGCCACUUCCUUCAAGUUUCAGUGUGACACAGGAACCCGAUGUUGAAGAGGAACGUAGAAUGUCUUUAAGCACUUAAAAUGCUGUUCACACUUUAUGGCUGAGCAUCCUGGUCUAACGCUCAGUGCGUACUGUAUCUCACUUUGAUCUGCUCGGAAGGCAGCCGCAGCAAACAAACAAAUCUCUUCAACACUGUAACUACACGCGACUCUGUAAAGUUUUCUCACAGGCAAGGCGCUGAAAGUUUCCAUGUGGUUUCAAAGGGAUGAAUGUGAAUUAUUGAACUAGUAUGUGACAGUCAUUGUCCACAGAGGACUACUUAAUAGGAGGCACUUUUUAAACUUUAAUGCUUGAGAAAGAGUUAAAGGCGUAUGCGAGCUGACAGAUAAUAAACAAAUAAGAGAGAGGAGAAAGGAAAGAGAAAAAAAAAAUCUUUGUCCAGUGUUUUUGAAAAAGAUGGACUUUAAAGAAUCUUGCAAUUUGCACAUCUUGAGUUUAUCAUUUGUGUGGUAUUCCUGCAGUUUUUACCUAAUAAUGUUGUGGGGUGGGGGGGGGGGUCUGAAAGAGCAUAAACAAAUGUAGCAAUGACUCACUAACCUGCCUGGCUCUAGGCCGUUUCGUAGGGUUACGUUCCUUUCCCAGUCCAUUUUGGUCUCCGCCAUAUCUGCCACACAGAACCAGGUCCUACCGGGACAGCUCUGAGAACUUGUCUUCAGACUUGCUGAGAGUUUUCCAUGAGAAACAUUUCUAUACGUAAGCAAGGCGUUUGUUUGGGUUUCCAAAUAACCGAAUGUUAUUUUCCUCUAAUGAUUCUUUGUUCUUUUCAUUGCAUCGUUUCCCAUUCGGACGACUAGAUUCAGGAGUUUGGUACAGAAGGAGCCACGGGGAUGCUCAGCUCCCCAGUAGGGCCGCACAGCCGGCCGCCCACACGAGGUGCUCGGUGCCUGGGGCCAACGGAGGAGAGGACCCCACUGCUUUUGGUGGGGUCUGGCUCGGGCCCUGCAAGGUUGAGCGUUCGCGUCAUUCUUUCGGUCGGUGAGUUCCCGCCUUCAGGUAGUUUUAAGAAGCCGUACUGAUGGGGAGGAAAGGAAAUCAAAGUUCUGGAUAUUAGAAAGACAGUACCUAAAGCGAACGAGCCUAUUUAAAAUCUCGUUUUCCCUCUCCCCUAAAAUGCAAUGCUUUUAUUUAAGAAAAGAAAGGUUAACCCCAAACCCCAGCUUUGACUCUGUUAUGUGUUACUUGAAAUUUAGCUCACACCAGAACUAAUUGUUUUUAUACCAUAUUCUGGGGUGCACCAAAAAGUUGAAAUACGUUUAAAAUAGCUUGAAACUGUUCUUGAAUUUCCUUGAAUUUUAUUAACCUCUCAGCAGGCUACCAAACAGCUGAGCGGGUUUCUUCUCACAGUCACGCAGCUUAGGUAGUGCUUCUUUGUUAAUAUUUCUGCUCAGAGAAGUUGCUUAAUCUUCCAUAUACUCUGCUCAGGGCACUUGCAAUUUAUUGUUUUGUUUCGUUUCCUGUUUCGUUUUUGAGCUUCGAUGGUAAAGGAAUAGAAAGAAUCGCAGAUGUUACUUGGCAUUCGUACCACUAUUUCUGUCAUUCACACGUACUCGGAAAAAAUCUCCACAAGAACCACGCGCAUUCACGGUUGUGGUUAAUGAGGAAGCGGGGGCUAUUGAACUGACUGGAUCUAUUCAACUAACACUAAAAAAAAAAAAUAAAAAAGAAAACUAAUAAUAAUAAUAAAAAGUUUGGAGCAAUAGGAAUGUAUUAGUUCUGUGCUUGUAUUUCAGACUGAGGAAUUCUGAAAUAACUGGUUCUUUCCAAACAGCUGUCCCUUUCCGUGCUUUGGCUUUUGUAGGAUGUGCAAUACUUUACGUGCCAACGUAGACUCACCUGUGCGGUGUUAGCUAGAUCUCAUACCCUCUUCUGGUUUCCCCUUUCUGUUCUCUUGGAGUAGUUCCUUCCUUCCUUUCUUCCUUCUUUUCCUGUUAAUAACUCCCUCCCCCCAGAAAGCGGUGAAUCGAGGGCCGGGUGUCCCUGCACCCGGGGCACCCCGACCCCUUUUGUGUUCAGUGUGCGUGGCGCGUGAAUCACGGGCCUGCCGCGGCCCCGUGUGUUUGAAAUGCAUGCCUCUGGCCUCCGCAGUGUAAUGGGGAAAAAAAAAAAAAAAAGAUCCAGGAAGAAAAGCUUAACCCAAGCUCACCCCACAACCACCAAGAGAGGAGUUUGGGGUUUGUUAUUUUUUCAGGGUGGGGGGGGGGAGGGGGAAGGGGAUUUUGCGCACAUGAGACCCUGCUCCUGGCUGUGGGGUGCCUCUGGCUCCGGCCCCGCGCCCACGGCACAGGCUGCGGUGGUUGUCUUUUUCUUUGGGUCUCUUUUUUCUUUUCUUCUCCUCCUUUUUGUAGCAGGCCUGUUUAGUUUACAAUGAAAUGCAUACAAUCACCGAGAAAUUAGUCAGGGCGAAGAAAAUAAAACGAGAACCUCUUUAUAGGGAUUUCUAAAAAUAUCUAUCUGUCUAUCUAUCUAUCUAUCUAUCUAUCUAUCUAUCUAAUCUAUCUAUAUAUCUCUAUAUAUAAAAUGACUGUUCCUUAUAGUGUUUAACUUAGGCAUUGUUUCAGUUUGUCUGGGCCACAUCGCGGGGAAUUUGAGUUUGAUGUCACUUACCUCAGGUCCUACAGCUGAAGCCCGAAUUGGCGUUGCUGUUGACCUACUUCACAGUUUUGUACGUCGCUGUUGGGAUUUUUCCCCCGACGAACCUGACGUCGGGACGGGGACGUUCCUCUGACUCCUUCGGGUCCCUCGUCCCGCUGUCGCGUUCUUCGGCCGCUGUUUGUCAUUUUCUCGGCGCUGGGGAAGUGACAUCACUGCUCUCGUUUCCCUCAAUCAAGGAACAUUUAGAAACUUUUCACACCUUUUACUCAGGGAUGGGGCUGGCAUAUGUGUGGUACACUGAUGUGACCAGAAGCAGCACUUUUACUGCUCUGGAGUAGGGAUGUACAACGUUACCGACGAGUUUGGAUUUCCUGCAUCUCAUGACUUAACUUUGUAGAUAUCACGUAGAUCGCAAUACAAAAGCAGCAGGCUCAGCUUGAACUGUCGCUGUUGGCCAUCAGGAAAAUUCACUCUGUGCAGAGAUUUGUUUCACUUAAAAAGUGUGUUGCCUAUAUUAAAAUGGAAAUGGUGAAAUUCACUUCAGGCUUGCAACUGCUAAAAGCAAACAAAAUCGAGGAGAGCAGAUCCUCUCCAUUUUAAACACUAACAGUGUUACUUCAGAGAGGGGCUCUCGGCACAGCGUCUGGGCCCAGCCCUGCUGGCACUCGGACACACACUGACGGAGAGGUCAGCCCAUGGGCUCCAUGAGGCAAAAUGGGACAUGCACUCAGACAGGCAGUUUCCCUCUCUUCCCUCCCCAUCACUACAGGAGAGCCUGCUCAGGGCUCUCUGCCCAGUGCUGAUGUGAGAGAAGAGGGGUAAACACAUUGCCAGAGUGCAGUCAGCCAUUUCCUUUCCUGGUUUACCUGCCUGGCCCCCCCCCCAGAGUCCCAAAAAUAAAUGGAAAAAUGAGAAUUGGUCAGUGCAGAUCUGCAUACGUGCACCCACAGCCAGACAGAAGCCUUGGUUUGCACAUGAAUCAAUCUGUGUGAAUUCCGUAAGCCUACAUGUCCACUUGUUUUCCUGUCCCGAGGACAGUUUGGUGUUUGUGUCGAUAGGGAAAUUCCAAACGAGUUGCACACCUCUACUCCAGAGUACAAUUUCUUUUACAUAGACAACCUCGCUUCAGAUGUGUUACCUUUACUGAUAGGAUCUUUUCUUGUAGCACUAUAUCUUGUGGGAAUAUUUUUUGAUGUAAACCUAAUUUGAGAAGCUUAUUAAAAAUAGAAACUUUUUUUGAAGCACUCACAUUGAGGAGUACAGGUAAUGUUUUAAAAAUUGCACAAAAGAAAAAUGAAUGUUGGAAUGAUUCAUUCAGUGUUUGAAAAAGAGAUGGCUCUGUUUGAACAGUGAGUUUCAUACCUUGUUUGUAAAAAAAAAAAAAAAAAAGUUUUUAAAUACAAAAGCAGAGAAAGGUUGAAAGUUACAUGUUUUUUGUAUAUAGAAAUUGUCAUGUCUAGAUGAUCUGAUUUGUAUUGGCUUUGGCCAGGAAGAAUUAUUACUUAAAAGGCUCUUAAAGAACAACUGUGCUUAAUUUUCUGUUCGUACUACAUGGGUCCCGUUUCCGGGGAGCGGAGUCGUACUUCACACUGUUUAUUCCCGUGCUGAAAACACACCUUGGAGCGGCAGUUCUCAAGUGCGGCUGCCGGGCACUUCGGAGGGUGGCUGCGGUGCAGACCCGCGGCCUGGCUCUGCUGUGGGAUUUGGCUCCCGGUCCCUCCUGCCUGCGCCGAGGGACAGGGCCGGUUUGGGGGAGGCCUGGCGAUGCCCUUGGGGAUCCCGGCCUAAGCCUCUCGCUCCCAUUUUUUCCUCUCUCUGGGAUGCUGUUCCACGUUUUUUUCAGCACUUCCUGUUCCAGACGAAACCCAAAGAGUAUAAUCCUGAGCAAGAAGUGUUUAUAACAAGGGAUCCUAGCCCAGCGCCAGCAGCAGGGCUGUGCCCGAGGCCACGCGGCCUUCGGGCCCCUUCCACUGCCCCCUCUCCCCGCUGCCGGGAGCAGACACACCAGACAGGUUUCCAGUGAUGAUCUCGGUCGCUUGAGAGACUCGUGUUUGUUUUCUAGAAGCCCGAAGGAGAGAAUCCUGGAGCCAUUUUUGAGGAGAGGGUCUCUUUCUAGUCCAAAGAUAGAGCUGGGCAGCUGGCGGCCGGCGGUGGGGCGACAUCCCGGAGUGCUCCCAUCCCCUGCGAGGCGGUGACCGCGGCCUCGGCUCUUGCAGCCGCGUCCGCUGUGUCCAGGUGUCCCCGAACCAGGAGGAACGGCCCCAGUUGCGUUACAAUGAAGUGCAUUCAGCCAAUAGGUAGUAUUUAUACAAUAACAGUCUCUAAGGUUUCUGUAGGUUUUUUUUUUUUUUUUCUUGUCGUUAUCUGAAAGGACUCAAGUCUUCCACUGAGGAUUUUACGGAGGCUUCACCAAGGUUGUUUCUUUUUUGUUUGCUUCUGUUUCGAGCAGUCAAGGCUCCUGCACCCUUCCCCUCGCCCAUGCAGUAGGCGUGCAUUGGAAGCGUUGUGUGCAGCAGGCGUUAAGUCACUCGUUGAGCUGUCAUUGCUGUACUACUGGAUUGCUGAUGUGCAAAAACCCCAGGGCCGGACCCUCGGCCCUGCGACACCCCACGAGGUGGAGAUCUCCCUGGGGUUUGCUUUAAGAGCCGAGGACCCAAUUGCUCUCCCUUCAAAUGCAGUCCGCAGAACUGUCUGAGCCGGCGGGUGGGGUCUGGGAGCCAAGCACGAGCGUGGGCUGAGGGCGGCUGCAGGUGGCUACGUUGGCAUCUCUGUCUGGCCAUUGGGCUGACCUCUUCGCAAAGUUACUAAUCUGUUAGGGCGUAGAUACAACCUCUCACGACAGUCAGCUAAUGUUGAAACUCACUAAUGUUAUGUAUUUGCUCUUUUUUUUUUUUUUUUUUGGAAUAAUAUAUUAACUUGUUGAACACUGUUCUUUUCGCAGUGUUAAAAGUGGGGGGGAGGGGGAGGGGGCAGGGUUACGGGCAGGGGUUUCCCAACCUUUUUCAGUUCGGGUGAGCUACUGAAAACCGUUUUGUACUAGCUAUGUCACCGUGCUGGCAGCCGGCAGGCUGGGGUCGGCUGCGAAGGCGCUCAGCCAGGGGCCUUGCCGGGUGAGGGUCUGCCAUGCUUCAGCAUUUCUGAGGUCCUUUAUUUUUGUUCUCUAUUUGUUCUUGUUUUUUUUUUUUUUUUUUGUUUGUUUGUUUUUCUCAUUUGGUAUUACUCAUGAGGGUUGUUGCAAAUCACACUUCCAGCGUAGUUCCUAGCGUAGGCCCAGUAAAAGGGAUAUCGCAGCUUUGUGUUGGGGAGAAAUCGAGCUGACAUGGCCAGUACAAAGGAGAAAUAGGGAGGGAAUAACGUUUUGCACCUUAUUGAAAAGAGGAGAAGAUUUUAAGUGCAUACAGACAUAGUUAAGAGCUUUUAUUGUGACAGGAGAACUUUUUUCCAUAUGCGUGCAUACUCUCUGUAAUUCCAGUGUAAAAUAUUGUACUUGCACUAGCUUUUUUAAAACAAAUAUUAAAAAAAAAUGGAAGAAUUCAUAUUCUAUUUUCUAAUGGUGGUGUGUCUAUUUGUAGGAUACACUCGCGUCUGUUUAUUGAAUUUUAUGGUCCCUUUCUUUGAUGGUGCUUGCAGGUUUUCUAGGUAGAAAUUAUUUCAUUAUUAUAAUAAAACAAUGUUUGAUUCAAAAUUUGAACAAAAUUGUUUUAAAUAAAUUGUCUGUAUACCAGUACAAGUUUAUUGUUUCAGUAUACUCGUACUAAUAAAAUAACAGUGCCAAUUGCAAA